ACGGUACCAACCCCAAAAAACCUUCGGCGGGUGCUCCAGCGAACACGGCCCCAAAACGGCCAGGCUCGCCAGAAACGUUUAGCACACGAAGGCGACGCAUCCUAGCCGAGCUCGUUGCAGGAGCGCAUAAUGUGCUGUGCUGUGUGGUUGUGCCCAUCAUCACCGCCAUUAGAUCAUCCGUGUACCAUCACGGCCUCCCAGCCAUGGCGUAAGACGGCGGCUGGCGCGUAGAAGAAGCUGCAAGCUGCGUACGAGGAAAAAACAGCAGAUUCCUAUUAACGCCCGUAAUUGAAUAUAGUCCGGAGGAGUAGAAAGACAAGCAAGUGUUAAACUGAAGUGAGCUUUCGUUCACUUGCGCUGUACGGGUUUUUCUUCCAAAGGAUUUAACGUCCUCCCCCCACUCCUCAUAAGGCGCGGACCCGCAAGGUUGGACGAGUUCCGAGGUCGGAUUGAUUGGUGAUGAAUGGAAAAUGUAUCCGACCGGGUGUAAAUAUUAAUUAAAACGGCAACAAUGGCACGUGUGUCACGAAGGCACGUGUGUGGCUGAGUGUUUCAGAGUGUGCGUGUGUGUGUUGUGCUUGUGCGAUUGUGUGUUAAAUCCUGCCCGGCCCGGUCUGUGUGUGUGUGUUUGUAUGCAGGGAUAGGGGCACGAUCCGGAUCCGUUUCCGUGAUCCGUUCAAAUCCCGACGCCAUUUUGUGUGAGUUAAGCUCGGCAAAGAAAAGGAAGAGAAGCACGGUGUUGAAAGAGAGGAGCUAAUAGCUGCGAGGAAAAGAUCUUCAAACGCGCGCCCGUUCGUGUGUCUGUGUACGUAAUUGUGCGUGUGUGCGUAUGUCUGUUCCCGCGUACGUCAGCGUGUAUUAGUGAUUGUGUAAGUGCAUCCGGGCGGUAACCGGAAAGGAGAUUGAUUGAAUUAUCGGCAAUCGAUCCUCGCAUCGUCUGCUUCUGGGUUGUGUUUCCUGACGUGAGAAAGAGAGGGAGAGAUAGAGAAGAUGGCCUCCCUACUGACAGCCGCAAGUGCAACGGCCGCGGACAGCGGUGGCAAGCAGCAAUCCCAAUCACCACAAUCGCUGUCGCCGAGAAAUGCAGCCUCCCCGAGUGCGGGACAGUCACCAGCCGCCACGGGCAAUACGUCGACGACGACGACGACGGUGGCGAUGAACAAUCCGACCGCCGUCAAGCUGGGCGUUAUGGAUGUCCCAAAGGCGCUACAGGACGGCGAGAAGUUCAUCAAGUGGGAUGAGGACUCGUGCAACGGAACACCGGUGACGCUGCGGGUCGAUGUGAAGGGCUUCUUUCUGUACUGGGUGGAUCAGAACCACGAGAUGGACAUGCUGGACAUUGCCACCAUUCGCGACGUUCGCACUGGACAGUACGCCAAGAAGCCAAGGGACAUUAAGCUGCGUCAAAUUGUGACCAUGGGUUCGCAGGAUACGCUCGAGGAGAAAACCGUCACCGUGUGUCACGGGGCCGACUUUGUGAACGUCAACUUUAUCAACUUUUGCUGCACGCGUAAGGAAAUCGCACGGCUAUGGUGCGACGAGCUGAUACGGAUGGCGUACAACUUGACCCAGCUGAACGGUCCCGCGAUCAUGUUUCUCCAGAAGGCAUACACCAAACUUUGCCUGCAGGUUGACAAGACUGGCAAGAUCCCGGUAAAGAACAUCAUCAAAACGUUCGCCACAAACAAGGACGAUCGGAGGCGGGUCGAGAAGGCACUGGACGUGUCGGGGUUGCCGUCCGGGAAAGGCGAUACCCUCGCACUGACCAAGUUCCAGUUCGAGGACUUUUUUAAUCUGUACAAAAACCUUUCCCAAAGAACUGAGGUGGAGAAAGUGUACGAUGAGCUAGUCGGAACCUCGAAACGACGGCUAAUGUCAACGUCACAGCUAGUCGAUUUCCUGAACAAAACCCAGCGGGAUCCACGGCUGAACGAGAUCCUGCACCCGUACGCCAACACGGCCCGGGCCCGUGAUCUCAUCCAGGAGUACGAACCGAACAAGUUUAAUGCUCAAAAGGGCCAGCUUAGCUUCGACGGUUUUCUUAGGUAUCUGAUGUCGGAAGAUAAUCCCAUCAUGGCGGCGAGUAAGCUGGACCUAACCGACGAUAUGGAUCAACCGAUGGCGCACUACUUCAUCAACUCGUCCCACAACACCUACCUAACCGGGCACCAGCUUACCGGCAAAAGUUCGGUCGAAAUCUAUCGUCAAAGUUUGCUAGCCGGGUGUCGAUGUGUGGAGCUCGAUUUCUGGAACGGACGCACUGAGGAGCCGGUGAUCGUGCACGGCUACACCUUCGUACCGGAGAUCUGCGCCAAGGAUGUGCUGGAAGCGAUAGCGGAGACUGCUUUCAAGACGUCCGAAUUUCCUGUGAUACUGAGCUUCGAGAAUCAUUGUAAUCCGCGGCAACAGGCAAAGAUAGCAAACUACUGUCGGGAGAUUUUUGGUGAUAUGCUGCUGGACCGACCGCUCGAUUCGCAUCCGCUCGAAUCGAACGUCGAACUGCCACCGCCGGCACUACUCAAGCGAAAGAUUAUAAUUAAAAACAAGAAAAAACAUCACCACCAUCACCAUCAUCACCAUAAAAAGGGCACCGUUGUGUCGAGCCCGCAGCAGCAACCCCCGACCGUUGGUGGUACCGUCGUGAACAAUGUCAGCAAUAAUAGUACCGCAGCUAAUGCACAUGCCACAACAGUUAACAACAGCAGUGCCAACAGUACCGCCAUCAACACACCCACCACCAACACCAGUACCGGGGUCACGCCGGCCGUCAACAAUAACAGUACAAAUGCAGCAAAUGCAAGCUUACAGCAGUCGCAGCAAGAUGAAUCUAACGGUAACGUCACCAGCACCAGCAAUCCGGUCCCCGUCAGCAACAACAAUGGUACAGCAGCAGCACCGCCACCAGCACCAGCAGCAACAACACAGCAAGCAACCGGAAACGGAGAGCUACCGCACCAUGCACCACCACUCCAGCAAAUUCGCCAAAGCUCAAAGGAAAGUACGGGCUCGUCGGAUACGGACAGCUCGAGCGAUGACGAAUCCAUGCCGGGUACGGUGGUUGGCCCGAUCGGUGCGAACGAGGCGGACAAGGUGCCCCAAACCAAAGAGACUGAAGCGGGCGCGGAAAUCUCCGCCCUCGUCAACUACGUACAGCCGGUGCACUUCAGCAGCUUCGAAAAUUCGGAAAAGAAGGCACGCUUCUACGAGAUGUCUUCGUUUGAUGAGAAGCAGGCGACCACGCUGCUCAAGGAGCGUCCCAUCGAGUUCGUCAACUACAACAAGCAUCAGCUAUCGCGCGUCUAUCCCGCCGGUACACGCUUCGACAGUUCCAAUUUUAUGCCUCAGCUUUUCUGGAACGCUGGCUGUCAGCUCGUGGCGUUAAACUAUCAAACGCUCGAUCUGGCGAUGCAGCUGAAUCUCGGCAUCUUCGAGUACAAUCAUCGCUGUGGGUAUCUGCUGAAACCGGAAUUUAUGCGUCGCAAGGAUCGUCGAUUGGAUCCAUUCGCAGAGAGUACGGUGGACGGUAUUAUUGCCGGUACGGUAAUGGUGACGGUGAUAUCGGGCCAGUUUCUCACCGACAAGAAGGUGGGCACGUACGUCGAGGUGGACAUGUUUGGAUUGCCGGCCGAUACGGUGCGUAAAAAAUUUCGCACCAAAAUCGUCCGCGACAACGGUAUCAAUCCGGUGUACGACGAGGAACCGUUCGUGUUUAAGAAGGUUGUUUUGCCGGAGCUCGCCAGCAUACGGAUAGCUGCGUACGAGGAGGGUGGCAAGUUGAUUGGUCAUCGAGUGCUGCCGGUGAUAGGGCUGUGCCCUGGCUAUCGACAUUUGACGCUGAGAACGGAGGUCGGUCAACCGAUACCGCUCGCUACACUGUUCCUCUGCAUCGUGGUGAAGGACUACGUACCGGACGGGCUGUCCGAUUUCGCCGAAGCACUUGCUAAUCCGAUCAAGUACCAGAGCGAGCAGGAGAAGCGCUCGAAGCAGCUCGCUGUACUGCAGGAAGACAUGGAACCAUCGGAGGAGGACUCAUUUGUCGUUGUAUCCUUAGGUCCGAAUAAAAAGGGCGACACGCUGAAGUCGAGCGAUAACAACACCACCACCAGCCCCGCGAGGCAACGCUCCGUGGCUGGGGCGAAUCAAUCGUCACAAGGGACAGGCGGUACGGGAGGAGCGGCGGAAAUUGACGCCGAGCGGGAAGCACCACUGGAAGCAAUCACCAAGAUGGUUGCCCUACCGGUUGCACAAUCAUCAUCCGUUGACCAUCCGAACGUGCCAGCGUCAAAGCAAUCGACAGCGCGAGAACCGACAACGGCCGGUGGCGGUCCCAUCAUCACUACCACCACCAACACAUCGAGUUUGAGUGCAACUGGGGAUGCGGGCAACCAUCCUGAUGGAGGUAAAAUUACAGCCGAUCCGUUGGAGAAAAUCUUCGAAGACAAGCAAAUCCGGAAGAAGCGUGAAGCGCUCGAAAAGGAACUGAAAGCGCUCAAGAAGAGUCACGAUAAGGAGAAGCUUAAGAUACAUGCGGCACAGAAGAGUACCGACCUCGGGGGUGAUGCACCGGUCAAGAAGUCAAAGUUUGGCAUGGGCAAUAAGCUGGUGAAACGGUUCAGCAGCAAAAACAUGGCGGACAUGAACGUGAAGAUCCCGCCGUGUGCGUCUGCAUCGGAUGCGGAUGUGACCGGUGAUGCGCAGACGGAGCGCUUGAGACAGAUCUGUCGCGAUCAUGCGGGAAGCUAUCGGGAAGUGUUGGAGAAGUAUCACGAGAUUAUUUAUACGCUUGCAGAGGAUUUGUUGCGUCAGUCCCAGGACGCUCAGAUGAAGCAGUUAAAGACGCAACUGGAACGGGAAACAAGUGAGGUGAUGCGACAGCUACAAUUAUCGCGCAAAAGUGAGGUAAAGCAGCUGGCAAUGGUGCACAAAGAUAAGGACGAGUUGGAGAGAAUGAAACGCGAAGUGGACUCAACGCUAGUGGAGAAAGGCGUCACCGAGCGUGUUAGGCUAACGGCCACCUACGAACGCAAGCGUGACGAGCUUCAGCGGCAGCACGAUACAGUCAAGCAAGGCUUAGAAGACCACAAGCUAAAGGCUCGUUCGAUGCUGGAAAAGGAAGCGGAAUCGCAUGCCUUCAUUUCGGACACAUUCCUGGCGCAUCUGAACACCAGCAACAGCACCACCAGCUGUUCGUCGGUCGGCGCCACCACCAACCAUCCACCGGCGACGUCCGUUUCGAGCGGAAACAUUUGUGGUGCGGCCGCUGGUGCCACGCACGAGAAUAACGUUAACAAUGCUCACGCAUAACCCGACACCGAUAAGGGUCGCAGGAGCUAAAACUGGAACUGAGCUUAUCGCUACCGGGCCUGCACAAACCCUAUCCCAGUUUAUGGAAAGUGAAAACAGCUAUUUGCGAAUAGUGGAGGGAAAAGUUUGUUGCUCCCGUGCGAUAUACACACACAUAUAUAUAUAUAUAUUUGUAACAAUUUCGACAGCACAACCUACUUUAGUGAAGAAACCAACUUAUUGGCCUAAUUACUGUUAUAUCGUAUCGGUGGUAAUCGGUAGCCGUAUCUUAACAGCAAAGCACAAUCGGCAGGCUCGUCGUUUCGUGGUAGCGGGCUGCCCGAUACUAUUUUUCCAAAUCGAGUGAACUUUGCGGCACAGCGUACCGUUGUAAGCUUAGGUGUUUGUUAGAUCUUUUGCCCCCCGACGUCCCGGGACGUCCGGCCGGUGAGCAUCACAUGGUGUUGUAUCGUAUCGUUAGUGAAUGUGUUGAAUCUCAUCUAUCAACUCCCCCCAUCCAAAAUGGCACCGUUUUCGUUCGAGCACAACCAUAGUUAAAAAGGGGAUGAAUGCUUUAAUAUUAGAAAGAAAAAAACUAAGCACACAAGCAGAACACAGUUGUGAAAGCUCGUUCGGGGUAAAAGCUUUCUGAGUAAAGAGGGCGACCGGCACGUUGAACGUGAACGAAGCCUUUCAGUGUUGCGUUUGAUUGUUUCUAUUUCCACUCGAAUAGAAUUAGCAUUAGUUAGAGCGAGAUUGGGCAAAGGGCACAUUAGGUAAGAAAGCAGCAAAGGAGUGGUACAAAAAGGGGGCAAACCGGCUUGGCUAUAGACGUUCGCGGGUGGAUAAACGGUAGACAAAUAAUAAUAGGUUCUCGGUUGUUUGGAUUGAAGUUAACAAUGGAAGUCAUAUAAGCUUAAACAUAGUUUUUAUUCCGAACUUAACUUGACGGGUAAUUGAAAAGGGUAUUAGAAACCGAUACUGUAGCAAUCUCGAAACUAGCGUGUGACGUGUGCGUCUGUGUGUGCGUGUGUGUUGUAUGUUACCAAGGGUUGGUUAGUGUUUUUUUGAGAGGGGCAAUUGUCGAUAAAGCAGCACUGUAAGUGCCACAACCGUUUCUCGUGUGACCCAUAUUAACCGUACGGUAUAAUAUUUAAGCCAACUGUGUGCAAUCGAUGUGCAAUCUAUCCGUUUUGCGAGACGCGUGCAAUCAAACAUUUCUUAGAUGGAGAUGAAUCUCUAGAAGCUCUAGUAAGGGAACGCCAGCAGAGAAAAGGAAAGGAUCGUGCUUUACUGAACAACUGUGCAACUUUGCACUCAAAUUCCACUUAACAGAGACACUCGGAAACUCAUCGCUGUAAGUGUUAAAUUUAAAAUCGUUAGUUUGCGCCUAGCGGGUAGGCAAAACGCAUCACAUAGUAUUUAAAUUUUAAAGAGCACGUGUUUCUUGUUGUGCUAUGCUGUCGGCUUUUGUAAUUUGUGAUCGGUUUCUCACUGCUGUAUCCGCUUUUAUUCUGUAGCAGCCUUCCUUCCCACAUCUCACCCGUGCUCGUGAAUAAGUUAACAGGCGUGUUGCAGCAAACCAAAACGGUUGAAGGAUAUAGUAUGGCGUUAACAAAUCAGGGUACAGCUUUAACGCGUACAGAACCCCAUACAGAUAAGAAGUUAAACAAAACGAUGUCACAUUCCGCCAGCGUGGACCGGGGCUCUGUGUAGCGUGAAUGCUACUCCACCCUUAUCAGUAAUAGUAAUUUGCGCAACAAUAUGUUGCCACUUAACAAUAUGCAACAUUAAGCAACGUAUAUGCAUUGGUACAUGGUACAUGUUAACAGUUACUACUGAGCAACAGAGAUAAAUAGCAGCAAAUGCAACAACAAAAAAAACCUACAUAACACAUUCGAUGUCAACAAUCUAAUGCAAAACGUUACACUCACCUACACAGCUGAACACAGUGAAGUCUAAAAAUUUAAACAAAAUAUGCGAAGGGAAAACGUUGGCGAAGUUAUAUUCCGAAUGCAAUAUUACUCAAACAAACAAGCGCACUGCAAUGUGUACAGCAGCGGCACCCGUUAUGCCCCUGAAGCCAAACUUGUAUUUAUCACCGUAGCUUAGUGAACUGCAUUUUUUAAUGAAUAUCGAUGUUACUAGCGCCCCCUUUUUGCUCCACUUGCAAACUAUCCACAAACACUCCCGCUCCGAGAGCUACUGCCUAUCUUGCAGUGAGGGGCAACUGUACAGUGUACAUCCAUAUCGAUGGGCGCGUGCCAUUUAGGACUCCACCAGCCGGAGAUCUCCAGCAGAUCCGGAGUUUGGAACGGCGGGGUGUUGGGCUAUUAAACGAAACGAAAAUACAGCAACGCACUAUUUGAAUUGACACCUUGGGUUGACCGGUGGGAUCGUGUUGUCGCGAACGCAUCUUCACUGCAAUUUGCCAACAGCGAAUCGAUCCACUUGGGCAGCAACUGGGAAUUGGUGAAAUAUGGUAGUUAAACAAAAUGCAACCAACUAUUUAUGACACAUCUAUAUAUAAACAUACAUACAUACGGAAUAUCAAUAACACUAUCUAUAGUAAUUAACGUUUGAAACCACACACACACGUACACGGGUUUUCGCAGUAAAAAAAAAUGGUAGAAAAAACGCCAUUCAAUCCAACUUUUUAAAUGGGGUUCAUCUGGAUGAUGGAUGGGAAAAUUCGCUUGCUCUUGUGCGUCGCGUGUAGUGUUGAUGUUUGUUCUGAUGUAGGUUUCUUCUAGCUAAGUGAUAGUGAUAAAACCCACCACACCAUCCCCAGGAGGGGAAGUAUCUUGUUUGGAUGCCCAAAAGGGGGAAAGGAAGGAAGAAUGAGAGGGAUGGGAAGAGAAAGCUACCGGUUGAACGGGUUGUACAUAGUAGGGAAUAUCUUGGGCAAUUUUCACAACCCCUCUCCCAAGGGGAGUAAAUUGCUCGAACAUACGGUUUGUUUUUAACUCUCUCUCAAACACUCAUCUUCUUUCGUCUUUUUUUUUGUUCCGAAAGGAAAUGUGUUUUUGCAAAGAAGGAGAAAAAAAGGCGUACGAAUGUGUGCGAGUUGUUUCUAGGAAUUCUUCUUAGCUAGUUGUUGAGAACAAUUAUACAUUUCCCACAUCCGUUUUCCCACUAGAGAACGAUCCCACUACACACAUACACACACUCGUUAGCAAAAGGGAUAUUAGGCUAUUGCGAUUUUGUGGCCACUUCUUAGAAGAACGCACAGAAACAGGCAGCUCGUGAAAAGAUCGUUUAAUAAAUGUGUACGUUGUAGCGUGUUUUUUUUUGUUUUGUUUUUCCUUUAGCUUUAUUUAUUAUAUUAUUUAUAUGUUUUUUCUAGUUUAGCUUUUUUUGUACUGUUUAAAGGAAUCUCCUUUCACUUAUACUGUUGUGUUCUGUAUUUUCUUAAAUUUAUUUCCUUUCUAGAUGAAUAAACAGAAGCGAGAGAAAGAAGAAAAAAACGAAGACAAUCAAUGACACUGUCAUCUUAUGAGAAAGACAUUAGGGCUUUCGCAAUAAAAUACAAACUCGAAACUCGAUUCGUUGUUCGUGGAACGAAAAUCUUGAAACGGGCAGCUACUAAAAACUGAAUAAUGAGGUACCGUUUUUUUACUAUUAUUCCGUAACGUUUUGAUUAAAUAUUUUGAUUUGUUACCACUUGGUGCGCUCUAGGCACAGGCGCCUGAAAGUAUACAACCAGUAUUUUAAAGACGGAUUUUUGAUAAUUCUUCAGACAUCACACAAUUUGUAAGGCAAUACUGACAGAGAGCAAACAGAGCCAUAGUCAAAUAAAGGCAGGAAUGACAAUGCUUCUGAAGAUGUUUCAAACUGACCAUGCAGUAACUGAGGUAAAUCGAAGGCAAGUGAUAAAUAUUCUGGCACAAUCAUUUUCAAUAAAUCAAAAGAUUUGGCAACAACUCACUCAAGAAACACAGCUUGUACUAUCCAGGCUUUUUGGAUUUCCGAUAAGGACUGGGAUAGCCAACAAGGAUACGAAGGACUAAUUAGAUCAAGCUUAAUUGGAGGAUAAUUGGGGCUUGCUUACGUGACGCACUAUUCAAGAUGGAGGUAUUGAACGUCACAUAACAAGUGCAGGGGAUUUAUAGAUCAGAUCCAUGACGGAUCAGAGUCACAGCAGCUUUAGUGGGCUUGGUUGUUACUCAAGGCGCCAGUUAAUAUCAUUAGGUGCAUCAUGGUCCAUAAAGUUCCUUUUGAACCACUAUUGAUGACAGAAGUGUUUAUUUUGGACUUCUCUUUCCUUCCAAAUGGAUGCUGGAUAGGACGAUGUUUCGAUUAUAAAAAAUAGCUAUGCAUAUUUGUUUUUUUUUUAUUACGUUCACAGCUCUGUCAACUCUUUUGAAACCUUAUAAAAAUCUUUUGCCUGCAUUCGAUAGGAGUAAAGGAAAGGGAAGAGAGAAGCUGAAACAUUCCUUCUGGUCUGGGCUUCCGAAAAAGGACCAUUCCCUUCGAUAAAGGCCAUCGGGAUCGAGAAUGAACGUUAUGGGAAAUUUCUUACAAAAAAGGCCAAACACAGAGCGUCCUAACAUGGAAAGGGGAACCUAAAGAUUUUGAUUGCAUACUUUCAGGCGUAUGAAUCCUCAUACAGAGCACAUGCUUGUAUCUACAGCAUUAUCAGUCUUGCAGCCGUAUAUUACGCCUUAUUUUAUCUCGUUUACUCUCAUUUUCACGAUCAACUUCAAAAAGGAUUAGCGUGCGUUAGCAAAACAAAACUAACCAAAUAUAUGUAUAUCGAACAACACCCUUUAAAGCGAGGGCAAACAAAACUUGACGUUACCGACAAUGUUAAAAGAUAAAAAAAAAACUACACUUUCUAUCUCUAUGUGCCUUUGAACGUGAAACAAAAACACAACCAUACGAACACAAAUGUUGCAGAACGGAACAGAAACGGAUGGGUGUUAAUGUUAGUAACACGCACAAACCAACUCACUCACGUACUGCAUUAGACUACUCCAUCAUCAUUAUCAUCAUCAUCAUCAUCACAGUCCACUGUUUCAAAACUCUUCCAUUUUCAAUCGUGGCUCCCCCUUUUGGUGGAAGAGCCACGUGCAGUUUCAUUUCACACUCAUCUACUUUACAAAACAUACAAUGGGUAAAACAAAUAAUGUAAAACAAAUAUCAAAUCAUGUAACCCCGUAACAUCAUGUGUAUGAUCGAUGUGCUAGGACAGUUGUAGUACGAAGUGUAGCAGACGGAUCUUGUUAAUAAGCGAACUAUUAGACUGUUAAAACUGUUGCGUUUCAAACUGUCUAGGUUGAACAAGGGUAGAACAAGUAAGGAGGGUAAGAGUACGGGGAGCAAAACUAAACGGAAAACUCGUAAAACACCACACCUAAUGUUAGCGAUUUGGAAUUUACAUUGGAUCGUUGUUUGCAUCGCUGUAUCUGUUCGUUUCAGACGGUGAAGUUAGAGAGUAGGAAGACUCAACUGUUUAAACUUUCACCUCAUGCAGGAAGGAGACCGGGUGUGCAAUCGUAAUCGUAAUUUUCUCAUCGACUGAUUUCUUUGUUUCAAAUCGAUCCCACGUUCUCCUUGCGAAUGGCGAGAUCUCUUGUACAUUACGAAUCGGAUCGCGUACCGUCUGCCGGGCCGCAUGGACCUUGCAACGCCCGCGCACGUGUGGCCGCGCUGCGUGUGUGUGUGUGACGUGCGUGUAUCCGAGGAAAAUCGACAGUAUCUUAUUGUGACACAACCACAUGUGAUUGAAGCGAUCGGAGGACACUAGGAGCCCAAGGGUCACCAUCCCAAGACCCGUCUGGUCCCCAGUUGUCCCAGUGUUUCACUUUCCUAUCACUUUUGUAGAUUUAAUGUUUGGAAUUGGGGGAUCUGCUGCUUUACCCUUCUGGCUUUACAGCACUCCGAACCCCUCUGGUGGAUCACCGGAAGUGGAAGCUAGUGCGGCAGACAGACAGACGCCGUGAAGUGUAAACACUGGUAUUAAACAAAACUUAAGCAAAGCAAAGAUACUUAUUGAUUAUACUAACUGUGUAAGGUGUUUCAUAAUAGUUGAUAAAUCUGGAACUACGAGAAAACAAAACCAAACAAGGUAAAAGAUUAUCAAGUGGUAGGAAAAAGGAUAACACGAUGAGAAUAGUAUCUGCCGAGUGAAGUACGAAACAGAAAAAAAUGGAAAAGAAAGAGAGAGAUAAGGAGAGAGAGAGAGAAACCAUUUGCAGCUAUUGUAUCAAUGUGUAACAGAUCAGAUGAAAACCAACAUGGAGUCAGCAAUGGAGUGACCCAUUUUCCACCGAAGAAGGCAACAUAAAUCCCACAGAACAGAAGCUCACUUGGGGAGAACUUCAAUCUGAUAUCGUGAAGAAGCCAAAACCAAAUUUGAAACCUAAAUGAAGGUAAAGAAGCAUCACAGCUCCGUUGCACGAUUGAACGAAGGUGCGCUAUAACGCACUUACGCAUCACUAUUGCUCCCGACGCGGCAUUCCCAACACCGUUGGCGGCGCCGGCAUUGAUUGUUGUGAUGGAAUACGGAAAGCAAAACAUUAAACAAGUAAAGAAUAAAUGCUAAA